UAUAAUCCGGCGCUGACUGUACAGCCACACUGUGACCAUUUUUGCAAACAAAAUGCCAAAAUCCCUUUAAUCCGCGCUGCAGAUCCCUAGAGUGUCCAAAAUGUCCUUGCAGACGGGAGCGAGUGGCUCGGGCGGCGGCGCUGGAGGCGGCGGCAACUCCGAGGAGACGCGGCGCAUCUGGGUGGGCAACCUGGACUCGCGGAUCACCGAGUUUCAACUCCUCAAACUGAUGCAAAAAUGCGGCGCCAUCGAGAAGUUCGACAUGCUGUUCCACAAGGGCGGCCCCAUGGUGGGACAAUCCCGGGGCUACGCCUUCGUCACCUUCGCGCAGAACGAGGGAGCCACCAAUGCACUGCUGAAACUGGAUGGAACCAGCGUGGGAAACCGCUCGAUAGCCGUGCGCCUGGCCAAGAAUAUUAAAUAUGACGAUUUGCAGAAGCCCAAGCCGCGCCUGGAGAUCCCAGCCCUGGGCACUGGCAAGCGCGAGGAGAAGAUCAGCAAGACCGAGGCCAUUCGCGCCAUCGAGGCCAAACUGAAAGUGCUGGAGCGGCAGACUGACGACAAUCUCGAGCUGAACACAGCCGGCAGGGGCGAGGCCAACGUGCCCUUCAUCCAACGCUACCAGUUCAACAAGGACCGCGACGGAUCGCAGCGCUACGGCAAGUCUUCGGCUCCAUAUCACCGGCAGCAGCGGCCUAAGCGGCGCUAGGCCACCGCCUCACCCUCGUAGUGUGUAAAAAUCAUUAGUACUUAGGGCGCUACCUCAGCAGACGAGCCUUGCGGGUGUAAUUUACAAUUAAUUUAUUAAAAAAGGAACAAUCAGAACGUCGGAGGACUAUUUGGGCGCGAACUUGACCUUGCCGCGCAUGUGGUCGGGCAGCGGAACGGUGCCGGGACAGGGCACCUGGCCGGGGAUCUCGCAGAUGCAGUGCCUGCCGCAUCCGUAGCCGAAGUUGGCCGGGUUGUCCUUGCUCUCCUUCAGGCGCGCCUCCGCAUCCAGUUGCUCGCUGGAAAAGUCAAGUGAAAAAGGGUUUUACUAACUAUAUUAAGGCUAGAUUAUCGGGCGGAAGAUCACUGUUUGAAUCAAUAAUGCGAAUCAAUCAAUUUUGUUGAAAAGGGCAGUGAACUAUGCCUAUGUAAAUCAUAUUUUUAACUUGGCCCGGCGUAAAUUGCCUGAUUAAGCUCGUUUAAGCCCUAAAAUACUUUGUAUUUCCAUUGUAUGUAUGCUACACGAUCUAGAAGCAAUUGCACAUUUUACACAUCUGAAUUCAUUCUCCUCGUACUUUCAUUACAAUCAUUCAUAGUUCUCAACUUUUGAAAUUGUUGGCUCACGGCCUGCCCAAUAUUGUAGAAGUUCAUUUAGACUGGAUAAAUAUUUAUACUAUUUUGUACUUAUCAAUAAGAAAAUAACCAAGCUACGAUUAGUUCAAAAAUGUUAUGAAAAGAAGAGCAUGCAUUAAAUUGUUCUGACAAUAUCAGAAGGUUUCAAAGA